UUUAUCGUUUUACGAUAAUGCAAUACACAGUGCACUAUAUUAAAGAUCUUGUAACGUGAUUUUGGAGUCAACUUAAUUAUUCACAACUUGAAUUACUUCCAUCUUUGUAGUUUGAAUUGCUUCGUUGCUAAUUAUAAUAAGAUAUCUCAAAAACAAACGGAAACUAUUUAAUUAUAAUAACGUUGAAAUUAUAUAAAUAGUUGAAUCUGUAACGGAACGCAGUCCUUUUGAAAAUGUCGUCCUUGGUGAAUGUUUUGCUGCGAAAAAGUGCAAAUUUAGGCAAUUCGAAAGCCUUAUUGGCGAAUUUACCGGCUUUAUAUAAUGUGAACUCCCAACGUGAAGCUCACAGAUGGAUGCCCGACGAAACUUUCGUCAAACAAUUCGGAGGAGCUGUCAUGUAUCCCGAAGGAGUUACAGCUCUUAUGAAACACCCGCCUUAUAACAGUAUUAUAACACCAGCCGAAAAGAAUGUCCGCAAUAUGAUACUUAACUUUGGACCUCAGCAUCCUGCUGCUCACGGAGUGCUCCGUCUCGUGAUGGAGCUUGAGGGUGAGAUGGUACGCGGUGCUGACCCGCACAUUGGUCUGCUCCACCGCGGCACAGAAAAGCUUAUCGAGUACAAGACCUACACCCAGGCGUUGCCUUACUUCGACCGGCUCGACUACGUGUCCAUGAUGUGCAACGAACAGUGCUACAGCUUAGCGGUCGAGAAGCUUCUAAAUAUUGAUAUACCACUCAGAGCGAAGUAUAUUAGAACGCUGUUCGCCGAGAUCACCCGCCUGCUCAACCACAUAAUGGCGGUGGGCACGCACGCGCUGGACGUGGGCGCGCUGACGCCGUUCUUCUGGCUGUUCGAGGAGCGCGAGAAGAUGAUGGAGUUCUACGAGAGGGUCAGCGGCGCCAGGAUGCACGCCGCCUACAUACGGCCCGGAGGGGUUUAUCUCGACAUGCCGCUGGGGCUGAUGGACGACAUCUACGAGUUCGCGAGCAAGUUCGGCGAGCGGCUCGACGAGGUGGAGGACGUGCUGACCACCAACCGCAUCUGGGUGCAGCGCACCAAGGACGUGGGCGUGGUCACCGCGCAGGACGCGCUCAACUACGGGUUCAGCGGUGUGAUGCUCCGCGGGUCGGGCAUCAAGUGGGACCUGCGCAAGAGUCAGCCCUACGACGCCUACCACCUGGUCGACUUCGACGUGCCCAUCGGCACUCACGGCGACUGCUACGAUCGAUACCUGAUCCGCGUGGAGGAGAUGCGGCAGAGUCUGCGCAUCAUCGAGCAGUGCCUCAACCAGAUGCCGCCCGGGGAGGUGAAGACGGACGACGCCAAGCUGACGCCGCCCUCGCGGGAGGAGAUGAAGACUUCGAUGGAGGCGCUGAUCCACCACUUCAAGCUGUUCACUCAGGGCUACGCAGUCCCCCCCGGAGCGACAUACACCGCCGUGGAGGCGCCCAAAGGAGAGUUCGCAGUGUACCUCGUCUCCGACGGGAGCUCCAAGCCAUACCGGUGCAAGAUAAAGGCGCCCGGCUUCGCUCAUCUCGCGGCGCUCGAAAAGAUCGGAAGGAACUCGAUGCUGGCGGACAUCGUCGCCAUCAUCGGGACGCUGGACAUCGUGUUCGGGGAGAUUGAUCGAUAAACAUACGAAUAUAUAUAAAUUAUGGUUUUAAAUACCGUUCAUGAUAAAACUGAGUCCUUACAGACUAAAAUUAUAAAUGGAAUCCUUUGGUAGUUUAUAAAACUGUAUCGAAGUUGUAAAAUAUGGAAUAUGUCACCUCAAUUAUCUAAAUUAAAAACUAAACUGUUGUCUGACAGUUAUUUUUAUGUCGAUGAUGUUAAUAAAUAAUAAAAUAAAAGUAAAAAAUCAUAGUUUUUAAUAAAUUCGAAUUGAUAUUUGAGUAUAUUUACGCUCCCUAUUUGUAUUCCCUUAGGGGGUGACAUUUUAAUAAAACAUGUAUGUAGUGAUUUUAAGUUAUCCUUAGUUUAGAUUAUUUUAUAGGUUUAUAUAUAUUAAAAAAAUGUGAUUAUCUUAUAGAAUUAAAUUGGACUGUCCGAACAGUAUUUCAAUGUAAUUGAAGCAACAAACAUUUAUUCAAUAAUAGUUUUUUUUAUUCUUUAAUAUCGGUCGACUAAUAACUUUCCGUUAAAUAGACAAUUUGUACGUCAAAUCUGUAUUUACCUUCAAAAUGACUUAUAAAGUCUUCCCCAUCGAAUAUUUAAGUAACUUGAAACUGUAUGAAAUUAAACAUAUUCGCACAUU